CUCCCGCCGACCCGCCGGCACCGAGCCCGCAGAGCCGAGCCUGAAGUGAAUGGAAGGGCUGCAGAGGAGCAGAUAUGGAACCAUGGCUGAAGGCGGGAUAGAACAUCAGGGCUUUGAACCUUCCUCCUCCUUGAGGAUCAUCCUGGUAGGCAAAACAGGCAGCGGGAAAAGUGCGACCGGGAACAGCAUCCUCUGCCAGCCCGUGUUUGAGUCCAAGCUGGGGGCCCAGUCGGUGACCAGGAAAUGUCAGAGGGCAACAGGCACGUGGAAUGGGAGGAGCAUCCUGGUGGUGGACACGCCCCCCAUCUUCGAGUCCAGGGCCCAGGAUCAAGAGGUGUAUGAGAAUAUCGGAGCCUGUUAUCUGCUGUCGGUGCCAGGGCCCCACGUGCUGCUGCUGGUGACCCAGCUGGGGCGCUUCACCGAGCAGGACGUGGUGGCCGCGACCAGGGUGAAGGAGGUCUUUGGGGUAGGAGCCGAGAGACACAUGGUCAUCCUCUUCACUCACAAGGAGGAUUUGGCGGGCGGAUCCUUGGAUGAGUACGUGGCAAACACAGACAACCUCAGGCUGAGGAGCCUGGUCCGGAAGUGCGGGCGGAGGUACUGUGCCUUCAACAACCGGGCCUCCGGGGACGAGCAGAGAGAGCAGCUGGCCCAGCUGAUGGCUGUGAUCGAGGGGCUGGAGCGGGAGCACCAGGGCGCCUUCCUCACCAACGAGCUCUUCUUUGAUGCACAGAUGCUGCGACAGAUAGGGGAUGGAACCCAUGGAGAAGGUCAGAGGCGCUACCUGGAAAAGGUACAGCUGCAGGUUGCAAAGCAAAAGCAAGACCUGAAAGAGGCUGAGAGAAACGGUGCUUUGAAGGUGCUCCUCCGACUCAAAGCCUGGAUCGUUUCUCAUGCCAAAAUAUUUGUUCUUUUCCUAUGCCUUUUGAUUUUUCUUGCCAUUGUAAUUAGCUUGUAUAGUACACAUCAACAUUGA